AUGAGCCGGCCUGGGUUUUUUGGAGCGCAGCGCAAAGGCGAGACCUUUGAGUUGCGUGCGGACCUGAACAGCGAGUACCGCGAGAAACGCAAGGAUGGCAUCAAGCGGGUCAUUGCCAACAUGACCGUCGGCAAGGACGUCUCGGCGCUCUUUCCCGACGUGCUCAAAAACAUGCAGACGGAGGAUUUGGAGCAGAAGAAGCUCGUCUACCUCUACCUCAUGAACUACGCCAAGACACAGCCGGAGCUCGUGAUUCUCGCAGUGAACACCUUUGUCAAGGACUCGGAGGACCCGAAUCCGCUGAUCCGCGCACUCGCAAUCCGCACGAUGGGAUGCUUGCGUGCGGAAAAGAUCAUCGACUACCUCCCAGAGCCGCUGGAACGGUGUCUGUCGGACGACAAUCCGUACGUGCGCAAGACAGCGGUGAUUUGCGUCGCGAAGCUCUUUUCGCUCAAGCCAGAGCUCGCCCUGGAGCGGGGGUUCGUCGACCGCGUCAAGGAUAUGAUUGCGGAUAACAACCCGAUGGUCGUCGCAAACGCUGUCGCGACGCUCAACGAUAUCCAGCAGGCGGCUCAGGACGCGGCUCAGGACGGCGAUGCGCCGAUUUUUGCGCUCGACUCGGAGAUCCUCAUGAAGCUCCUCGUGGCCUUGAACGAGUGCUCCGAGUGGGGGCGCAUCGUGAUCCUCAACACGCUCGCGGCUUACCGCAGCGUCGACGGGCGCGAGGCGGAGCACAUUUGCGAGCGCGUCAUGCCCCAGUUCCAGCACGCCAACGGCAGCGUGGUGCUCGGCGCAGUAAAGGUCGUGCUCGUGCACAUGGAGGCAACGAGCAAGCCGGAAUUCGUCCAGCAGCUCAUCCGCAAGAUGGCGCCGCCGCUCGUGACGCUCGUCUCGGCAGAGCCCGAGGUGCAGUGGGUGGCGCUGCGCAACAUCAACCUGAUCCUGCAAAAGUACCCCGAGAUCCUCUCGAACGAGCUGCGCAUCUUUUUCUGCAAAUACAACGACCCUCCGUACGUCAAGGCAGAAAAGGUGGAUGUGAUGAUCAAGCUCGCCAAGGAGAACAACGUCGACAUGCUCCUGAGCGAACUCAAAGAAUACGCGUCGGAAGUCGACGUCGACUUUGUCCGCCGCGCCAUCCGCGCCAUUGGCCAGUGCGCGAUUGCGAUCGAGGCGGCGGCGGAGCGCUGCGUCUACGUGCUACUGGAGCUGAUCAACUCGCGCGUGAACUACGUGGUGCAGGAGGCGACGGUCGUCGUGAAGGAUAUCUUCCGCAAGUACCCCAACCAGUACACGCGCAUCAUCCCGUCGCUGUGUGCUAACCUCGAAGAUAUCGACGAGCCCGAGGCGAAGGCGUCGCUCAUCUGGAUCAUUGGCGAGUACGCGGAGCGCAUCGAAAACUCUGCCGAGCAGCUCGCGGCGUGCCUCGACGAGUUUGCCGACGACGUGCCCGCCGUCCAGUUCCAGACGCUGACGGCCAUCGUCAAGCUCUUUCUCAAGAAGCCAGACUCGGAGCUCGCGCAGCGCAUCGUCCAGGACGUGCUGGAGAAGGCGACCAAGGAGUGCGACAAUGCCGACCUCCGCGACCGCGCCUACAUCUACUGGCGCCUCUUGUCGAGCGCCGACUCGGACGCGGCGCGCGACGUGGUCCUCGCCAAGGUGCCGCCGAUCGCCAUUCCCCCGACCAGCGUGCCGCGCGCGCUGCUCAACGAGCUGAUCCGCGAGCUCGGGCUGCUCUCGAGCGUCUACCACAAGCCCGCGUCGACCUUUAUCGGCCACGGCCGCAUGAGCGUGCAGGGUCUCCAGGCGGCGCUCGCGGUGAACAGCGACGAGGCGGCGCGGUCCAAGGCGAUUGCGACCGUUGCGCAGGGCGCCAAGAGCGAGAACCUGCUCGACUUUGGCGACGACGACGCUGCGCCGGCCGAGCAAGCGGCACGCGGCGCCGCCGCGCAGCAGCUUGGCUCGCUGGGCGACCUGCUCGGCGACGAUCCGUUCGCCGCACAGCCCGCGCCGCAGCCCGCACCGCGCGCGGCCGUCGACGACCUCAUGGGCAUCUUUGGCGAGAGUGCGCCGCAGCCGCAGCCGGCCGCGUCCUCGCGCCAGGACGAUCUGCUGGGCCUGUUUUAG